UUAACAAAUGUCCGAACCACUGCACAAAAAUGUCCGAUCCCGGGAAAAGCGUGACCCUUUGAGGCUUUGACAAAAACCCUAACAAUCUGUGCACUGCGAAUUACAAAAAGCAGUCUCCCUCCAUUUUUUACCAACUCUCCUGCACUCUUCAUUUAGGAGACUGCUCAUUUUGAAUUCCGAUGAACACCACAGUGGACCAAGAUCUGCAAUGGCUUAUCAACUGCUUGAAUGCCAUUCUUGAUUCUAAUCAUCAGGUCCGAUCUUUUGCCGAAACCUCCCUGCAACAAGCUUCCCUUCAACCAGGUUAUGGAGGUGCAUUAUCCAUAGUUGCUGCAAGUAGGGAACUUCCUCUGGGACUGCGCCAGAUAUCCUUUCCUUAUUUUAUUUGAAAUUUAUAGAAUUCUGUUAAAAUAUUUUAUAAUGUAAGAAGUAGGCCAUAUCAGUGUGAUUUAUUGUCAUUAUCAAUUUCAUUUCCAUUUGUAAGAUUUAACAAUUUUACUUAGCUGCGGUUCUUCUAAAGCAGUUUAUAAAGAAACACUGGCAGGAAGAUGAAGUGGACUUUGAGCAUCCAGUUGUUUCAAGUGAUGAAAAGGAAUCUAUUCGUCAUUUACUCCUUUCAUUGCUAGAUGACCCUCAUAGAAAGAUGUGCACUGCCAUAAGUAUGGCUGUAGCAUCUAUUGCACAUUAUGACUGGCCAGAGGAUUGGCCUGAUCUUUUGCCAACACUAAUCAACUCGGUUACGAAUCAAACUAAGACAAAUACCGUGCAUGGAGCAUUGAGGUGCUUGGCUCUUCUCUCUGCGGAUUUGGAUGAUAAGAUGGUUCCACAACUUGUCCCUGUCCUGUUCCCAUGCUUGCACACUAUCGUAUCGUCUCCACAGAUUUAUGACAAAGCUCUGCGCACGAAGGCCCUUUCUAUAGUUUAUGCAUGCAUCUCCAUGUUGGGGACAAUGAGUGGCGUGUACAAGACAGAGACAACUGCUUUGCUGUCUCCCAUGCUUCAACCCUGGAUCAAUCAGUUCUCUUCCAUUCUAGAACAGCCUGUGCCAUCUGAAGAUCCUGAUGAUUGGAGCAUCCGAAUGGAGGUUUUGAAGUGCUUGAAUCAGUCUGUCCAAAACUUCCCUGGCCUCAUGGAAGGUCAGUUUAUGGUUAUUAUGGGGCCACUGUGGCAGACAUUUGUUUCAUCUUUGCGAGUGUAUAUACAAGCAUCAGUUGAAGGCAUGGAUGAUGCAUAUGAAGGAAGAUAUGAUUCUGAUGGUGCAGAGCAAAGUCUUGAAUCCUUUGUCAUCCAGUUAUUUGAGUUCAUGUUGACAAUUUUGGGCAGCAAGAGGUUUGUAAAGGUAAUUGUACAUAACCUGGAGGAGUUGGCGUACUGUGUCAUUGCUUUUCUGCAGAUAACAGAGCAGCAGGCCCACACAUGGUUGAUGGAUGCCAAUCAAUUCCUUGCUGAUGAGGAGGAUAAUACUUAUAGUUGUCGAGCUUCUGGUGCAUUGUUACUGGAAGAGGUGAUAAACUCUUGUGGCCCAGAGGGAAUAAAUGCUAUAAUUGAAUCUGCAGAAAAAAGAUUUAAUGAAUCACAGCAAGAGAAGACUGCUGGAUCCCCGGGUUGGUGGAGAAUACGUGAGGCUACCCUUUUUGCAUUGGCUUCAGUGUCAGAGCAGCUACUUGAAACAGAGGUUUCGGAAAAAUGUGGUGCUACAGUAGGGAAUAUCUUGGAGAAAAUUCUUAUAGAAGACAUUGCAACAGGGGUUGAUGAAUAUCCUUUUCUUUAUGCUCGUAUGUUUUCAUCCGUUGCUAAGUUUUCCUCUGUGAUCAGCCGUGGAAUUAAUGAGCAGUUUGUGUAUGCGGCUGUUAAGGCAGUUGGCAUGGAUGUGCCUCCUCCUGUAAAAGCAGGUGCUUGUCGAGCACUUUCACAGCUUUUAACUGAUGCAGACUCUGGAGUCAUUUGGCCACAUAUCAAGGACUUAAUUUCAUCACUCACCAACCUACUUGAGCAUACAUCUGACGAAACUAUGCAUCUGGUGCUUGAGACACUACAGGCUGCUGUCAGGGCAGGUCCGGAACUAUUGCCAUCAGUGGAGUCCAUUCUUUCUCCUAUCAUUCUUAAUGUGUGGGCUUCACAUGUCACAGACCCUUUUGCCAGCAUUGAUGCUCUAGAAGUUUUAGAGGCAAUAAAAACAGCUCCUGGUUGCAUCCAGCCUUUGGUUUCCCGAAUUUUACCGUAUGUUGGGCAAGUGCUGACUAAACCACAACAGCAGCCUGAAGGUUUAGUAGCUGGUUCACUAGAUCUUCUGACAAUGUUGUUGAAGGAUGCACCAAUUGAUGUCAUCAAAGCUAUUUUUGAAGUUUCUUUUGAUCCUGUUAUCAGGAUAAUCCUCCAAAGUGAUGACCACAGUGAGAUGCAGAACGCAACACAGUGUCUGUCAGCUCUUGUCUACGGUGGAAAGCAGGAAUUACUUGGAUGGGGUGGAGAUCCUGGAUUUACAAUGAAUUGCUUGCUUGAUGUAACCUCAAGGCUUCUGAAUCCUGAUCUAGAAAGUUCAGUCUCACUUUUUGUUGGGAGCUACAUCUUGCAACUUAUUUUGCACCUCCCUUCACAAAUGGCACAACAUAUCAGAGACUUGGUUGCUGCACUUAUAAGGCGCAUGCAAUAUUGUGAAAUUUCUGCGCUCAAAAGUUCAUUGUUGCUUAUUUUUGCCAGACUGGUCCAUAUGAGUGUUCCACAUGUUGAACAAUUCAUUAACUUAUUGCUGUCACUACCAGCUGAAGGUCACAAAAAUGCCUUUGCUUAUUUGAUGUUUGAAUGGACUAGAAUGCAAGGGGAAAUUCAAGGAGCCUACCAAAUCAAAGUAACGACAAGUGCUUUGGCAUUGUUGUUAUCUACCAGGCAUGUAGAGCUGGAAAAAAUCGACGUUCAAGGAAAUCUUAUUAAGUCCUCGGCUGGGAUUACUACACGUUCAAAGGCUAAAACAGCUCCAGAUCAAUGGACAGUAAUGCCUCUUCCUAUGAAGAUUCUGGCCAUAUUGGCAGAUUCCUUGGUUGAAAUCCGAGAACAAGCUUCAGUAGAUGGUGAUGAGGAUGAUGACUGGGAAGAAGCUGAAGGUGGAGAUAUUGGGAGAGAUGAAGCUGUAUUGAUUUCAGCUGGUCCUGCAUCCAAUAGUAGACCCAAUUAUCAGUAUCUCGAUGCAAUGGCAAAGGCUUUUAAUGAGGAUCAAGGUGAUGGAUAUGAUGAUCUUCAUUGUAGUGGUGACCCCCUCUACGAGAUAAAUCUGGUGAAUUAUCUCACGGAAUUUCUUCAAAAGUUUUCUAGUAGUUGUGGGGCACACCUUCCCCUUGUUUUAAAGAGCUUAACAAAAUCUCAACAGGAAGCCAUUCUGAUGGCGCUGAGUCAUUGAAAGCGCAAUAACAAGCCAUUCUGAUGGUGCUGAAUGAAUGAGUGGAUGUCGUCUGUUUUGUAAAAAAUUUUGACCUCAAAUAUUUUGUUUUAUUAUUUAAGAUUCGGCUGUAGUCAUAAGGAUUCGAGUCUUUUGCGAUACAACAAUGUGUCAGACUGAUCCCAGCGAUUUGAUGAGUGGGCCCAGAUUCUUGAGCGCCGAGCCCGAGUUGAUCCAAAGCACCAUUGAUGCCCGAAAAACCUCUAGAUCCUGUAGAUUCCCGGGGCCAGGGGUAUUUAUGCAUUCUGCAAGUCUCACAUUUGAUCAAAACUGUUGGUGAAGAACUGAAGAUGACUACUGCUGAGGUGCAGUAAUGAACUGUAAAGUUAGGUAGUGUAUCCCUGUAUACAAAUGUGGCUUACAAAAGUGACAAUAUGGAGGAGUAUGCGUUUAAAAAAACUGAAAUUCAUUUUAAACAUUCUUUAUGAUAAACACAAGUGUUUGCUAUUGUUGCAAAUUAGUUAAGAUCUGAGUUUUACAGCACAAAAUUCAAUCUCAUUUAUAUUUACUUUUUUACUACA